GGGGUCUCGACGGGCUUUGUCGUGUGGGCUGGACGGCCUACUUGCCCGCACUGCGAGUGCUCACCGGUGCUGAACUGCCCACCCCUGACCUGCUCGACCGGCGACGUGGCCUACACCUCGCCGCUGACCCCCUUCACGCUGGCCCUCACGUGUGCCUGCGUGGCCUUCGUGGCGUUCUCCGCUGGCCGCUUGAUAGGCGUGAGGGCUAGGACCGAGCUGAACCCCGAGGACCUGGACGCGACCGCCCGAGCUCAGGUGGCUCAGUACCGGUCGAAGGUGGGCGACUUCUGUGUGGUGAGGUACAACGUCGGGGGCCCAUAUCUGUACCACGAGCGGCUAGUCACCUACCUGCCGCCUGGAGCUGGGCUGACAGUCUCGGUCACCACCCCCGACGGUGACGAAUAUGAAGAAGUGUGGAGCAUGCCGGACAUCGUCGAGUGGGAGCCGCUGCCGAAUCGGCAGCAGGGAGGCGUCCUGCUGGGUCGGCCCGGGGCUCGGUACUACCGCUUCCGAGCUGGCGCGAUGCCGACCGCCGCGAGCCUCACGGCGUCGACCACGGCCGCGGCCGCCCGCCUUGGCCAGCCCGCACCUGUGGGGCCCGUUGCGCCGGCCCUCGGUGGGCGCAUCGCCGAGCUGCCAGCGGGAGGUGCCUUGCCAGGUGCGCCCGUGGCCGGAGGCGCUGUCGCCCCGCCCGGCGCUGUGCCAGGCCCGCCGGCGGCAGCCGCCGCCGCCGCCCUCGGAGGCGUGGCCCCAGCGGCCGGGCUCGGCGGCCUUGUGGCAGCGCUCGGCGGACCAGCAGCGGGGGCGCCUGCUGGAGUUCUUGUCCCCGCUCCACCGCCGGCUGCUGCUUCUGCUGCGGCCGGCGCCGCAGCCGCCGCGGCCCCAGGGGCCGGCGCAGCGCCCGUCGGUGCUGCCGUCGGCGCGCCCUGGCUUGCCGCGGCAGGCGCGGCUGCAGCCGCUGCACCGCCUCCCGCGGCCUUCGGGGGCGUUCCCGCCGCUGCGGUGCCCGCAGGCGGCCACGUCCAGGACGCUCGGACGCUCCCGGUGGUCUACGACAUGGUGGGCAACCGGCGGCGGGAGUUCCGCGACGCGGUGCUGGCGUGCCGGGAGGACCAGUGGGAGGGGUGGCCAGUGCGCGGCCCCCGCACUACACACUGCGUCCUCCGGUACAUCGUCGACCACGGCGGGACCCCGACAGGGAUGCACUCUCGGUGGCGCAGCGAAGCUCGUCUCCAGGAGCACGAACCUGGAGUGCAGGAACACGAACGGGCUUGCAGAGCGCUGGAGGAGCUGCUCUGCUUCGACCAGUGCAACGGGGCCAACCUGGCGGCCGCGGAGCUGCUCACUCGCACCAUCCAGGUGCAGCAGGAGCGCUACCGGGACAGGAGUGCAGGCGGCUCGGCCAGUGGCGGCCCCGACAGCGUGGACACGCACCUCUUCAUGGGCAGCGAGCUCACGAGGGGAGGCGGCCAGCGCGACUCCCUGACUGAGACGCCUGUGGACCGUGAUGCCUCUGCCGGUCCGAUCAACAGAGAGGUUUUUGACGCGCUGGGACAUAGUGGUCGCCAACGUGAUAUUUUUCCGCUGCCCCCUCUGCACCGAGACCAUGCCGGUGCGGCGGGCCGCCAUGAUCUAUCACGGGUCACUCGGCGGCGUGGUGCGGCUACCAAGCACAUUCUCGACUGGGGCGACGAGUGUAUCGACGCCCUGAACGACUUGUACGGCCACCAGGACCGGCCGGCGGUCCCCGCCAAUGCCGGACAGCGGCACGCAGUGGACCACGUCGAGUCUCGAGUACGUGCACUUGGCAAGCCCCCACCUGAGGCAGGUUUUCGCGAGGGAGCCCUACGUGAGCUCCUCGCUGGGACGGGGAUCUACCAGACGGGUGAUCUCUCCUCCCGACGGCCGUAUGUCAAGGAGUCCAUAUCCUGGCCCUCGCCCGACCUGCAGCCAGUCCCACUGGCCGCCUGCCUUGGUGAGGCCGAAUCUGAGUGGCUGGGCCGCUGGCAGAGCACCCUGCUCAGGCCAGAUAGACCUGCAGCUGCUGAACGUGCUGAGUUCUGCCCUCACGGACCUUUUUUCGACCCCAGUCUCUUCAGUAAGCCUCUGCUCUACGCCGAUUUUGUCGCCAAGUUGUUGGCUCGCGGCAUGGUGGAGCUGAGGGGGGACUGUGACGCGGCCACCGUCGGCUGCUUUUUCGUUGCGAAGAAGAACAAGAAGCUGAGAGUGAUAUUUGACACGAGGUAUGCCAACCUAUUCUUCGGUCGACCAGCUCGGGCUGCUUUGCCGACUGCGACGGCCCUCGCUGCCUUCGAGAACCCUGGGCACGACACCUACCUGGCCUCAGGUGAUAUCGACAGCGCCUUCUACAGACUACGACUGCCUGACGGGCUGUCCUCGUACUUCAGACUACCCGCCCUGGAUGCCGGCCUGCUCGGGAUCACGCACCUGGACGGGGCCCCGCUCGCGCGAGGGGCGCGAGUGCAGCCCUGCGUGUGCGUCUUGCCGAUGGGCUGGAGCCAUGCGCUGGCCCUCUGUCAGGGCGUGCUCCGACGCGCCAUGGACACCGCGGGGUUCACCGUGGACCAGUGCGUCGAGGACGGGAAGGCGGGGGUCGUGGUCGACCGGGAGGGCGCCUUGGCGGUUGCCGGCUACGUCGACAACUACGCCGCCCUGGGACGCUCCCCGGCCCUCGUCGACCAGGCCGCCCUUGCCGUCGCGCGCGUGUUGACGGAGAAGGGGCUUCUCACUCACGAUGAGGAGCCUGCCGCGCGGGACGCCACUUUCGUAGGGCUAGAGCUGAAGAGAGGGCGACAUCUUUCGAUCAAGGCCAGGAGCAUUUGGAGACUUCGUUUCGGGUUGGACGCCCUGCUCAGAAGAGGUAUUUGUUCUGGAGACGCCCUCAGGGUCAUCGUAG